UUCACAAUGGAUAAUGUCUCUGUGAUAACAAUAUUCUAUCUUUCAGGUUUAACUGAAUCAAAGAACAACAGGUAUAUUCUCUUCUCUCUCAGUUUGUUAUGUUACUGUGUCAUUUUGCUUGUUAAUAUAACUCUUAUUGUGACCAUCUUCUUGGAUAAAAACCUCCAUGAACCAAUGUAUAUUCUGCUGUGUGCAUUUUGCAUGAAUGGACUUUAUGGAACAACAGGUUUCUUCCCCAAGUUUCUAUGGGAUCUGCUCUCUCCUGUUCAUGUCAUCUCUUAUUCUGGAUGUCUUGUUCAGGGUUUCGUAAUUCACUCUUUUGUCAGCAGUGAACUCUCUUUUCUUGCAGUAAUGGCAUUUGACAGAUAUGUAGCCAUAUGUCGACCACUGCAGUAUCACUCUAUCAUGUCAAAGCACAGACUCAUGAUGUUAGUGUGUUUCUCCUGGUUUACACCUUUCUGCAUUAUAGGUGUGAAUAUUGGUCUAACAUCAAGACUGAAGUUAUGCAGCCCUUAUAUUGCCAGACUGUUCUGCGUCAAUGGGAUUAUUGUUACACUUGCUUGUUUCCCAGCUGAAACUAUGGUUAACAACAUCGUUGCAUAUAUUUCAAUACUCUUUUAUGUAUUUCAUGGUGUAUUUAUAGUUUGGUCGUACAUAUAUCUUGUUAGAACAUGUGUAAAUUCUAUAGAAAACAGGGCAAAGUUCAUGCAAACAUGUGUGCCACAUUUAUUCUCUUUGAUCAUUUUUCUACUCACGAUACUUUUCGAUAUGCUGAUUAUACCAUUUGGUUCAAAGAAAUUACCUCAAACCUUUAAAAACUUUAUUGCAGUAGAAUUUCUUGUCAUACCUCCACUCAUGAAUCCUCUCAUUUAUGGUUUCAAAUUGACCAAAAUUCGGAACAGACUUCAGAGACUGUUACUUUAAAAAAAGGUUGAAAUUAGUAUUGAUGUGUGUAGAAAAUUCUUUAUUCCACUUUUAAUUUAG